AUGAAGGUUUUCAUUUGCUUUGUUACUUCAUUAGCCGUGGCUAAUGCUGGUCUAAUCGGUGGCAGUGUUGGUAGUUCUAACGGCUAUGCCGGUGCAUUCGGUGGUUCUUACGGCGGCGGUGGUUACGGUGGUGCAUUCGCCAAUAGCGGCGCUGCAGUAAAUGCAUUCAGUGAAGCUAGUCUACACCCUUCUUAUGGUGUCUGUAACGGCAUUUGUGGAAGUGGUUUUGGUGGCGGCUUCAAUGGUGGUUAUGGCAACGGCUUUGGUUUUGAUGCGCCUGUUAAAGUUAUCAAAGUCAUCUCUCAGAGUGUUGGUGGUGGCGAUUUUGCUGGCGGGCUGUCUAGCGGUUAUGGCGGCGGUUUCUCCACCGGUUAUGGCGACGGUUUCCCCAAUGGUUACGGCGGCUUUGCCAAUGGUGCUCCAAAUGUAAAAAUUGUUAAAGUUAUAAAAGGAGAUAUUGGUUCCAUUGGAGGUUAUGGUGGUUUCGGUGGCCAAGAUGUCAAAGUUAUUAAAGUUUUAAAGUUACCUAAUGGAAAUAGUGGAUUUGGUGCCUAUAGCGGAGUGGGAGCUGGAGCUGCAGCCUUUCACGGCAUUCAUGCAGGCCAUCAUGGGUUUGCUCACAAGUGAAAAUAAUAUAUGGUUUAAAUUCACAUAUUGUGAUUGAAAUUCAUUUAGAUUAAGGCUUGUGUAUAUUCCCAUGUGUAAGAGUAUGUUUUUUUAGAAGAAUCCAAAGACCUAUCCUUACAUAUAAUGUUGUUGAUUAGUUUUUAAGUUUCA